GGUGGCAGUCAGGUUGUGGGGUGGCUACCAAUUGUUGCCAAGGAUGACAAGUAUAAAGGAACAACUGAAUGGGCAAACUUCAAGAACAUUGUAUGGCACAAAUUAUUCAAAAAGUUAUUUGAAUCACUGGGGGGGUAUGCAAAGACCGGAUUCUGGUUUGAACUAUGUGAUGGCUCUCUUAUGUGGCUGUUCCCUAUCAUACUCAUCCUUUCAGCCAACUGUGAAGAGCAGUAA